AUGAAACUUAAAUCCCUGGACCAAUCUGCUUCUGGAAGCCUGUACUUACUUUCACUCUCAGAGCAUACACGAACAGGAGGCUCAGGAACUUGGAUCUGGCAAGGACAAAGAUGGCUCUACAGCAACCGAUUUGGAACCCGACCCUUCCUUUUACUGGCCCCAUUUUGGGGGGUUUGAGCGAAGGGAAGAUGGUUAUCAUCCAAGGCCAGGUCCGGUAUCCUGUGAAAAGUUUUGUAGUGAAUCUGGUGUGCCAGAACGGCGACAUUGCCUUUCACUUCAACCCACGGUUCUCUGAAGGCCACGUGGUCGUGUGUAACACGCAGCAAAAUGGGCGCUGGGGACCUGAGCAGCGGGUCUGCAACAUCCCCUUCCAGCCUGGAGUCUAUUUUGAGAUUAUUCUCAACGUCAAGAGCCACUGCUAUCAGGUAUCUGUUAAUGGCAGCCACUUCCUGGAAUACAGUCACCGCCUCCCAUUCCACCUGGUCCAGAAAUUGUUUGUCAAUGGGGAUAUCACUGUGAACUGCAUCAACUUUGCUGGUAGUGCUCCACCGCCUUAUGCUCCUCCAGCUUACAAUGUUGUCACAGCCACCAAUGUCGGUGGUAUGUUUGCCCAGCCACACUUUGUACAAACAUCAAUUUCAAGGAAGCAGAAGAGCAAGAAUGCCCAGGGCUUCAGUGGAGUGACUUUGGCCAAUCCUACUGUCCCAUUCUGUGCAGCUAUCCCAGGAAACUUCACUGAGUUCCGGAAGAUUGCAAUUGUGGGGAACGUGCCAUUUUUAGCCAACAGAUUCCCUUUCUUUUCCUCCAGAUUCCAUGUGAACCUGAAAAACAGCAUGACCGGCAACAUUGCUCUGCACAUCAAUCCCCGGUUCAAAGAGAGAGUCCUUGUCCGGAAUUCCUUCAUCAAUGGUGCAUGGGGUUCGGAGGAACGGCACGGUCAUGCCAUGCCUUUCACACCUAGCCAAGCCUUCCAUAUGGAGAUCACCAACCUGAAGAAUAACUACAGGGUGAUUGUGAACGGGCAAGUGGUAUUUGAUUAUACCCAUCGAAUUCCUUCAAGACAGGUGGACCAACUUGAAAUAGCUGGAGAUGUGACCCUUUCUUGUGUACAGUACUGAUUAGUCUCUUUUCCAUGCACACUACUUCGGUGCACACCUAGUGUUGAAGUAAACAGCAAAGCCAUGCAUUUGGAGUGGUGUUUUCUCCAUCUAUCAUUAAAAAAAAAUCUACUAUACACUUUUUGCCUGUCAAUCUAAAACCAAUAUGCCUAUUAUAGCUUUCUAAAUAGAGUAAGGCAGAAAUCAUUUCCAGCAAACUGAAGUACCCUUAUAGAAUAACUGUGGGUGAUCGGGAAACCAGAAUUGCUGUAUUUGUUUCAAUCUGAUUUAAAUCCUAUAGUGUAAGGCUUACCAAGUGUGGCAUAAAGGUGACAAGAGGAAAGUCUUGAUCAUACAAACUUGUAAUUAUUAUUUUCUUAAACAGCAUUUGUUUGUCCCUUCUUUCCUCUUGUGUAGUUUUACUUUCCUUUUUUUUUUUUUUACUUUUUUUUCGUGUCAAGAGCAACUUGAGUUGCUUCUGGAGUGAGAGAAUUGGCCGUCUGCAAGGAUGUUGCCCAGGGGAUGCCUGGAUGUUUUGAUGUUUUUACCAUCCUUGUGGGAGGCUUCUCUCAUGUCCCCGCAUGGAGCUGGAGCUGAUAGAGGGAGCUCAUCCGCACUCUCCCCGGGUGGGAUUCGAACCUGGCAGCUUUCAGGUCAGCAACCCAACCUUCAAGUCAUGAGGCUUUAGUCCACUAUGCCAUCGGGGGCUCCUAUUUUACAAUUAUGCUCUACUAUCCACCCUCUCCAGAUAAUAAUGUAUAUUCCAAUAAAAUAAACAUGGAAUUGUCAUUAGAACUACACUCUUCAGUGAUGCUGUAUAUUUUCAGUCUCAAUGUAUCCUAUAAUCUGUCAUAAAAUAAAGAAAAUGUUUACAUAAA